AUGACGACACAAGAAGUUCAUGACUUGAUCAAGACUCUCGAUGACCAUGUUGACCAGUGUCGUGAAAUUGCGCAUACAAUCGAACUCUAUGGUCGCACCAAAGUUCCUUUCACGAUUCGAACCAACGUUCGACUUGAACAAACGCGUCGCAUCUCGCUCCCUGGAGAAAAUGAGAAAACCUCAAUAGAUUAUCUCCUGCUUGAGGAAACGGCAUCGAAUAGUCACUUGCCGGAUGACGAAGCUAGAUGGGGCAAGCUCCUGGAAACGAAGGAGAUUUCGUCUACAGAGUAG